CAGUUUAGUAUUGGGUUAGGUCAGCCCAAGGCAACAUCGUAGUUUUUAGUUGUGUAGUUGCUCUCUAACACGUUGUUCCUAUAUUAUUAUUAUCAUUUUUUUUUUACUAUUAUAAACUCGAACUUGUUUUUUUCUUAUUAAAAAAUAGAACAAUUUUUUUGUGAAAAAAAGAAAAUUUUAUUCUUAAAAAAAAAAAACUGUUCGUGAUUUAAGUGAAAAAAAAAUGUUUUAAAUAUUGUGUUUUAUUUCCACGAAGAAAAAAAAAAUUUUUUUCCUUUGCUUUUGGAAUUUCUUUUGGUGAAAGUGAUACAUUUCUUGUGUUUUUUUGUGCUUGUGUUUGUAUAUUUAUAUAUAUACACCAAAAAAAAAGAAGAGAAAUUUUCAUCAAUUUCUUUUUUGCAUCAAGUGUGCAUGGAGUAUUUGUGUUUUGCAAUAAAAAAUUCGUAGGAUGGCACUUUCUUAUCUACAGGAGGCGCAAAUUACCGCAGGUCUCUUACCCGGUCAACAUCUCGACAUGAAGCAAGAAACUGAAAAGCAACCACCAUCACCGCCAUUGAAUAAUAACAGUGCUGCGACACUAUUCUCUGGAAUGGGUGCAGCCGCCGCUGGUCUAUCAAUGUUAACACCACAACAAUUAUUGGCAGCAAGUCGAACCGCUGCAUUAAUGGCAGCCGGAAUUCCCGUUUCUUUACAUGCAACAUUGGCAGCAAGUCCCGCACUCUAUAGGCAUCAUCAAACAUUAUUUGGUGGUUGGUUACCACCACCAGGAAAUGGUACCGGUGGUUCAUCACCACCAUCACCACUACACGCAACAUCAGGUUCAAUAUCACCAGCCUUAAGUACAAAAUCAUCAUCACGUGGACGAAAUAAUCAUUCAAAUAUCAUGAAUAACAAUAAUAACAACAAUAAUAUAGUGAGCAGUAGCGUUGAUCGUAUAACAAAAAAACAACAACCCCUAAAGAGAAAACUUAACAAUACAAUGGGAAAGACAACAAAAAUUGAUAGUAUUCAAUUACCACUUGAUGGCGCAGCACCAUUAAGUCCACCUUCGUCAAUUAGUCCCGAGGCAGUUAAGGAUAGUAGGGAUAAAGUAUUUACAUGUGAAGUUUGUUCACGUUCAUUUGGCUAUAAACACGUUUUGCAGAAUCAUGAGAGAACUCAUACAGGAGAAAAACCAUUUGAAUGUCCCGAGUGCCACAAACGAUUUACGAGGGACCAUCACCUAAAAACUCACAUGAGACUGCACACCGGCGAAAAACCCUAUCACUGUAGCCAUUGUGAUCGUCAAUUUGUGCAAGUUGCAAAUCUACGUCGUCAUUUACGCGUACACACUGGCGAACGUCCCUAUGCAUGUGAAUUGUGUUCAGCAAAAUUCAGCGAUUCAAAUCAAUUGAAGGCACAUUUAUUAAUUCACAAGGGUGAAAAACCCUUUGAAUGUGAACAUUGUCGAAUGCGUUUUCGUCGAAGGCAUCAUUUAAUGCAUCACAAAUGUGGCCUUGCCGGUUCAAUAACAACUGCAAGUAGUAAUGCAUCGUCAACACGUUCACAAAUUGGUUCACCAUCAUUGGCAAGCGAUGAUCUUGAUGAGGACAUUGACAUUGACAUUGACGUUGAUAUGCGACUAAAUCAUCAUUAUCAACAGCAACAAAAUGAAAAUGAAAUUAAUUCACAACGUAAAAUGAGAAUACCAACAACCGUCCAAUUACAUCGUCCAUUAACAAGUCCAAUUAUUAAAUCACAAAUUGCCUCACUUACAUUGCCAUUGAAUUUAUCAAAUAUUCCAAAUAAUUUACCUGAACAAACUGAACCCGAGGAUCUUUCAAUGUCAACUGGUAUGCAUCGUUCAAAUUCACACAGUGGCGGUGAUUCACCAUUAAGUCAAAGUCCCAGUAGUGAUCAUCAUCAAGAUAUUGAUGAUGUUAAUGAUAAUAAUGAUAAUGAUGACGCUAACGAUGUUAAACUCAAUAUAUCAGUGGCUAGUCCAAGUACUUUAUUCCUUCAAAAAUCAUCAUCCUAACGAUGAUACUAUCCAAAUCUGAUUCAAUAACUUUUAUCAACAAAAUGUUAUUCUUGGAAUCGUUAUUAAAAAAAAAACAGACGCAGCUCUUGAUGAGUAUGCAAAUUUUUUUUUUGCUGUAUCUCGAUAUUUUAAAUAUCCGUGAGGGGGAAAAAUUCUCCCUUCAAAAAUCAAUAAACAUUGUUUUUAAUUUUGAAUUCAAAUAGAAAUUUUGAUUCAAAAAAGAAAGUUUUGAUUCAAAAAAGAAAUUUUUAUUCAAAAAAUUUGAAAAUUAAUGUUUAAUGAAGCUAAAGAUAUGUCUAUAUAAGUUAUUGUCGAAUCUAGUAGAAAUUUAAUUGAUCGAAAAAAAAGAGAGGAGAGAAAGGGAGAAAAUCAUCGGUGAUUAAGGAAAUUCAAUGCAAGAAGAUGAUUUCAAAAUUAAAUUAUAUUUCUUGGAAUUAAUCAAUUGGAUGAAUUGGAUCAAUAGAAUCAAUUAUUUUUCAAAUUCAUUGAAUUGUGAGGAAUUAAUUCCAAAAAAGUACAUCGAUCAAUCAUUAAAUUGAAAAAUUCAAUUAGUUUCAAUCAUUUGGAUUAAUCUAUCGAAUAAUUCUCGAUCAAUACUGAUCAAUAAUUUCAAUUUUAUUGAUUGGAUUUUUUUUUACUAAUUUUUUGAAAUUAAAAUCACGCUUGCUAGAUUCUGUCAAAUAAUUCUAUUGACUGACAUAGUCCAAUUAAUUAGAUAAUCGAUCCAAUAAGUUGGAUUGUUAUCCAAUUAAUCGGAUUAUGGAUCCAACUAAUUGGAUUAUUGAUCCAAUUAAUUGGAUAAUGGAGCUUAUAAAUGAAAAUAUUUAAAAAAAAACGAAUUCGAUUAUAUAUUCAAAUAAUUGGAUAUUAAAUUCAGUUAAUUCGAUUUUUGAUUUAAAAAAAAAUUGGAUAUUAAAUCCAGUUUAUUGGAACGUUAAUUCAAUUCGUUUGGUAAAUAAAUCCAAUUAAUUGAAUAUAAUAUCCAAUUAAAUCUGCUCCUAAUCCAAUGAAAAAAAAUCGAUUGUAUUGAAUUCGAUUGAUCGAUAUCACAAUGAUUUUUUUGCUACAAAUUUAAAAUAUCAAUACAAAAUAUGAAAUAAUAAUAAUAAUAAUAAUUAGUAUUAUUAUAAAAAUAAUUUUUUAUUAAAACCAAAUUGUUUUUCUAAAAUUACAUUUAUGGUUCUUUUAAAAAAAUUUAUAAAUUAUUUCAUAUUUUUGUUUUCUUUUAAUUUUUCGUUUAAAAAAAAAUUCCUCACUUUUUUCUUUUAGUUUUAGGUUAUGUUUGGCAUUGAAUCUCCUUAAAUCGAAAAUUAAAUUAUCUAUGUCGAUUCUGAAAAAAAAAUUUCGUUGAAUUAAUCAAAAAUAAUUUUUUUCCGUUAAAACAAUAUAAUUGUUAUUUGAGUGAAUUUUUUUUUGUUGUUAUUGUAAGAGAAAUUAGAAAAAAAAAAAAAAAAUGUGGAGAAAAUGUUAACGCAAGACACUGUAAUUUAUUAUUAUUAAGGUGCAAACAUUUUCCAAUAUUAUAUUUUUACCUCUUUUUAUUAUAAAUAAUAAUAAUAAUUUAUUAAACAUAAUAAAUAAAACAAAAAAAAUAUAUAUAUAUUUAAAAUAUUAUCAUUCAAUAUUAUUCAAUAGUAUAAAUUUUGUACAAAUUGAAUAAUAUUCAAUAAUAUUCAUUCUAAAAGGAAAAAAAAAAAAAAAAAAUAUUCAUUCCGUUCAAAUUUUUUGACACAUUCAACGAAAGAGGGUACAAAUUCUGACCUUAAUAGUUAAUUAAAAGAAAAAAAAAAAAAAAAAAAUUGGAAUAAUAUUUUUAUUACUGAUUGAAAAAACAGAUGAUGAUGAUGAUGAUGAUGAUGAUGAUAAUGAAAAAGAAAUAACAAAAAUACGCCAAAAAUUUUUUCGAAUUAUUUGGAAAAAAAUAUUUUUAAUUAUCAAUUUUUUUAAAACUAUUUUUAAAAAAAAUUCCGAAAUUUCGGAAAAAUUAAAAAAAAAUCAAUUUUUAAAAUUAGUUUUACGUAAAAUAUUAUAAUAAAAAUAAUUUUUUCCACAGUGCACAACUACUGAUAUUUUAUAAGAAAAAAAUUGAUGUUUUAAUAUUAAAAGGAAAAAAAGGACAAAUUUUUGCUCAAAUAGUCCAGUUUUGUGCACUAGACGAAAAUAAAGAAAAAAAAAAUACUUUGAAGGACACUUGUAUACUAUAAAAAAAAAAAAAAAAAAAAAAAAAAAAAAAAAUGAAA